AUGAAGGCCAAUUUACACGGGCAGUACAAUACAGCGUUUGCGCAAAAGACCUGGGUCGAGUGGCGCGUGCUUAGAGGUGCCAUUAUUUCCGGUGUUGAGACGCGAGAACAAUACUAUGAUUAUUUCCGCUUUCAGAAUCGGUAUCCCAACGAUGUAAAUUCAUGCUCCUUACCUCUCAACAACUACCACAACAAAUCUUUCUGUGCACCAAAACCACUGAAUCAGAAGCCGCCACCAAUUGCCCAUCACUAUAUUGAAACGAUGCCUCGCGCGCGCAGAGCUGCUAAAAAGGACAUCCAUCCAAAGACACUGAAUAUCGAUUAUCUACAGACGUUAACACGCCUGCAAAUUCAAGGACUGGCAAAGAAUUAUGGUGUGAAGGCGAACCUUAGAACAGAGCAAAUCAUCACCGAUAUAUUGGCCAAGGCAGAUCUCAGACGAAGCCAGAGCCCUAAAACUUCUCCGAAGAGGUUUUCAAAUGCAACAAAGAAGCCAGAGGAACCCACAGCUCUCGAAGAACCCUUAGUGGAAGAAGAGUCUGUCCCAGCUUUGAGGACGACCAGGAGGACAACAAAGAGAGCUUCACCGGAUCAGCCAUCCAAUGAAACAAAGAAGAGCUCCAAACGAGCAAGAGGAAGAAGAGCUAUUGCGCAACCCCCUAAUCCAAACGAACACUCAGCAGACAUUCAAAAUCGAGAGGACGUUAAGCGACACAUCGAUCCUGAAAAGCAACAAGCUCGAAAAGAUAGGGUGUCGCAAGUCUCAAUCAAUGCCCGACAGAUCUCCGGAGCGCAAACUGACAAUGCGGGAUCAACCACUAACUCGAAGAAACCAACCACGCAAGAUAUUCACGAGCUGCACAAAGUGCUUGUAGAGUUGGGAGAGGAACGCGACAAAUUGCGAAACAAGUUGAACGAGUCAAAGUUGAGUCUCGCGUACGCCAUGGACGCGUUGGAGAGUGGGGCAUUGCUGCUGGAAGAGAUGAAAUUCAGGCGACAGCUAUAUGAAAGGGAAGUUAUCUACAGAUUGUUGCAGGUGGACGAUUUGGAGAGCAUGAGAGCAGAUGCGCGGAAGGACUGGCAAAAGUAUCUGGAAGAGGAAGGGUGGAAUGACUGGACACCAGAGUUGUCGUGA